AUGUUAGAGACGGAGAGAAGAGGCAAUGACAGUACAUUUGAGCCCAGCACAUUUGCAAGGGAAUUUUCCACGGGCUAUCUGAUUGGAGAGAUUCUUAAUCGCCACAAGCUCCAGGAUGACUUUGACCAGUUCUCCAAGGGAAGGAACACAAUUUCUCAGAUCAAUAAUUUCCAGCGUCUGUUACCGACUCUACAGCUCUUGGGGGUGAUGAUCAGCGACAAAGUGGUGAUGGGACUGGUUCAGCAGGAGCCUGGAGUUGCCACACGCCUCCUGUACCAGAUCUACAUUGCACUGCGCCGGAAAGAGAAGGCUCAGCUGUCCAAGCUUGCCAUGGAGACCAUGAGACCAUCUGCAACAGCCAAGCUGGCCAGCAUCAGCAGCAAGAUGUACAAUGAGCGUCUGAAGUCGAUGAUUCCACGUGAAGUUGAUGUGAUCCUACGCAAUGUCUCAAGCCAAUUUGUAGCUCUGGGCAAGGAGAUGAAAGAGGAGGUGAACCAGAAACAUGAGGAAGAGCUACAUAAAAAACAAAAUAUCCUGGAACAGCAGAGAACUGAAAACCAGGAAUCGCUCCGAGAAGCCAAAAGGAAAAAUGAAGAACUGAUGGCUAAGAUCCAGGCAUCUCUGAUCCAUGUCUCUAAACCAAUGCCUCAAAAAAUGGCUAAAAUGAUAGAAAAACGCAAAGAGGAGUUAAGGAAGAAGGAAGCUGAGGGACACCUGGGCCCACAUGUAGCCAAGGAAGAGGGGCAGGCAGUCGACCAUAACAACCCCCUCCACAGCCUGCUGCCUGGACCUAUUAAUGGCCAAGCACAGGCCCAAGAGCAGACUCACAAGGAGAUCCUCCGAUCUUCCCGCUCGCCUCCGCACCAGGCGUUGAAUGAUGGUGGCCACAAACCAGAUGUCUACCAUGACCCUGUGCGCCAAUUCCUGCAGCAGGAUCCAGACCAGGGCCCCCCACCACCCAGCAUGUCCCUUUCUCUGGUCAAUGCCCGCAACCACGGCCCUCUCCUCCGACAGCCAAUUGGAACUGCGAUUACAGAGGUGGACAGUGAUCAGGUCCUGCUAAAAGACGACCAGUGUCCUGAGGGCAACCUCCAGACCGUCACAUAUUGCAUAUUGCAUAUUGCAAUUGAGGUUACACACCUGGUAGAAAAAACUACAUCGCCAGGGGGCACCACUGAGGAGGAGGCUCAACAUAAAGGUAUCGCUGCAAGGGCAAGCAGUACGGUCCAUAUUGUGGAAGAAUCUACCCCUUCGAAUGAGAUGUUUGUUCCAUGUGUGAGAGUGGAGGAACAUCACACAUUUAUUGAGAACCUUCGGAAGAGACUGGAUGAGGAAGGCAAAGCAAGGAAGGAGCGGGAGAAGCGGCGACGACGAGUGUUAUUGGACCAGCUGCAGGCACACGAGGCCCAGGAGGAGGUGUAUCGUGAGGAGCAACUGGUGAAUCGGCUGAUGCGCCAGUCACUACAGGAAAGGCGGAUUGCUGUCCAGCUGAUGCAUGCUCGCCAUGAGAAACAAAUCAUCAUACAAAACCGUAUCUUCCGGGAGAAGCAGUACAAGGAGAAACGAUUGCAGGAGUUCCAGGAAGCAUUGGACAAGGAAGCGGUGUUGGCGAGACAGGAAAAACUGGAUCACAUGGAGCAGAUCCAGCGAGAGCGAGAGGUCCAUGAGCAGAUCAUGGCUGAGCGGUCUGAGCAGCGAUUCCGGAAACAUUAUAACCUGUGCCAGAAAGUGCUGGACCAUAUCAUCGACUUGGUGACCAAGAUCGCAGAAUACCGCGAGCUCACACUGAAGGUCAGUGCUAUAGCCUGGGCACUGCGAUUUGGCAACAUAACUGGCUUCCCCCAGUUACAGACCACACACAUCACAUCGACAGGGCCAGAUCAUAAUGCUGCACCGUUCAUCAGUAGAAAAGGAUUCCAUUUCAUCAAUGAGCAAGUGAUCUGUGAUCAUUGGUUCCACUUCUGUGAGAUGAUGACUGGUGAAUGGCUGCCACCUGAAGGAGGAGAUAUUCAUGGUCCCCCAGCCAACAAUGACAUUCUGGGACAUGUGGUUGCACGCAUCUUUGAGAUAGUUCAUCCAACCAAGCCACCAACGCCACCUCCUGCGUUUCCUCCAUUCCCCAUCAAGGCAUGCAUUCUAGGCAAGGUUCUUGCAGGCAAAAGCGCCUGCCUGAAAUAUUUAGCAGAAGCUCUGCAGAUCCAUGUCCUUGUGCCAGAUGUAUUGGUUCGUGAAGCUGUGCGAGCCUACGAGGAGUGUGAAACCACGAAUCACACUCAGACCCAGGAAAACAGCACGGAAGUUGGCAAAGAACACCAGGGCCUGGACGAGGUGAGCACUGACCCAGGACCAUUGGAACGUGCAAGUUUCAUCGCAUUGGAAGGCCAGGAAACUACAAGAAGUACUCUGGGAAGUUCCAGCAAGGACCUCUUCAGUGAUCUCAUGAAGAAUGUAUCAAAGGGGCGACUGACUGAUCUAAUUGAACUCGAUUCACAAGACAGCAAAGGAGUUGUUAAAACUGGUAAGGGGAGCACAUGGACAAAGUUGGAUGUGAUCAUGUACAUUUACUGUCUAUUUUACUUUCAGCCGAGUGUCAGGGCUGAGUUGGGAGCGAGGGCUGCCAAAUUCCUGAGGAAAGGAAAAGGUGUUCCAGAUGAGUUGCUGGUGGAGAUUAUUGUUGAGUGUGUGCGCUCUCUGCCGGUGGAUUGUGGCUGGAUUCUGGAUGGUUUCCCAGUGACUGCUCACCAAGCCGAACUGCUGGAGAAGUGGCUAACUGGGGUUGACCCUGACAAAGCAGAAAGGAAGACCAAGAAGUCCAACACCAGCCUUGCCUUUGACCCGAGAGCUCCCAAGGAUCCUCCCCCUCCACUGCCAGCUCUGGACAUCGCCAUCCUGCUGGAUGUUUCAGACAACACCAUCCUGGCUCGACAUUCUGAGAGUACAAUCAGUUCGGUGUCUGGGAGUGAGAGCCAGGGAUCAGGCAGCCUCCAGCAGCAUAACCAAGGGAAUCGGACUGUUCCAGAAAGCAGCAGCCCUGAAGAAGAACAACUGGUGCCCCGGCUCACUGGCUUCCUUGACCAUUGGCCCAAAUUGGAGAAGUGGUUUGAGGUGAAGCAGAAAAUUCUGGUGAGGGUGAAUGGGGAACUGGAGCAUGCUGAGUUGUUGGAAAAACUGGAGCACAUCCUGGUCGAAGCCUUGUACAAGAAACAGUGUAAAGAAGUGGUGCCAGAAAAACCUGUCGACUCCGAAAUGCUUCCUUCCACGGCUCAGACCGAAUCAACCCCUUCCCCUGUGACUCAGGAGAAUAUUUCAAAGGAAGGGAAACCCAUGAAGAGUGAUUCUGUGAGCGGACUCAGCUCGAUUAAGAUAAAGAGCAAGACGAAUGUGUCCGCUCGUGACAAGAAACAGGAGAAAUCGGGUUCUGUUACUCAGUCAGCUGUUGCUAAAGGCAAAAAGGGGAAAGGUAAGGUGGAGCCAAGCACACCAGAGCCAAUCAUUGCACCUGAACCACAGAGACCUCCACCUCCGAAACCAGGCUCAGACCAAUGGGUUUACGUGGAUGAACCUAUUCCUCAGGAGGUUGCUGAAUACCUGGCUGCCUAUUGGACCAGUAUUGAAAGCACAUAUGUCAACACCAUCCAGAGUAUGAUGCAGGAGGAGCGACGUGAGCGGCACCGCAUCAUCCACUACCUGCACAAGAUCAGGAUAGAUUUUCAGGAGUAUUUGGAGUCUCGCCCUGACCAUAAGCAGGAGUUUGUCACGCAGUGGCAGAACGAUUAUAAUUCCAUUGCUGAGGAUCUCCGACAUGAUGAGGAUGUGAAGGCAGAGCUGCUCCUGAGGCUUUAUAACCUGCGAGAGCGUCUCUGGGACAUUUCAGACAACAGGAAGGAAGAGGCCGAACGGGAGAGGAUGAAUAUUAUGGGCAAUGGCUGGCUGGAGGAUCAUCUGGGUUUACUGCUAAACAUUUACACAACCCUCAUGCAGGUGGAAAUCGAUCGAUUCCAGGAUACUUACCGGUUCCUACAAGAUUAUUACAAGGUGAUGGAAGGGAACAUCCCACCAGAAGACAGCAAAGAGUUUGCACGUAUCCCGUUGGUCAGCGUGUCUGAUGCCCAAACCCCAGCUUCACUGUCAGCCCUGGAUCAGGAGUUGUUCAGUGCUCGAGAUUCCAGCCAAUUGGAUAGAAAGGGAGAGCGGGAGAAGAGCAACCCACUGAUGGACAGCAAGUCAGAGCUGAGGGAGGAAGACGAUGGAAAGCAAGAGGCAACAUCAUUUAAAGUACCGCUCGUUCCCUAUCGGAUUCCCUCCUCCAGUCUGGCAGUGAAGGAAAAAGGGAAAAACCUGGUAAAGGUGCCAGGGAAAGUGAAGGAUGAGUCGAUGGUCCUCGAGAUCCCACCUUCCCUAACUGAUGUUGAUGAGUAUCUGAUCUUGGAUGCCUAUCAGACAGCAACGUCAACUCUCUCCAGCAUUAUUCAAACAGAAAUGAGAAUAAACGAGGAAGAGGAGAGAAAAGAACAGAAGUUGAAAGAAGAAAAGGAAAAAGAAUUGCAGAAGUCAGCUGGAAGAGACUCCAAAAAAAAGGGAGGGAAGUCAGCAGAUAAAAAGAAAGGCCAGCAGGCUGUAACCCCCUCAGUGCCACCCCCUGUGACUGAGAAUCCAGAGGUGGCUAGGAAGAAAGAACUGAGAGAGCAAAUAUUCACAGAGUACAUGGGAGCUUUGGAGCACGAGGCACAAGCUGUCAGGCUACAACUGGAACUGAUCAAACUCAAGGCCAUGGCUGUUGUCCAGGAGCUGAAAUCAAAGGCACGAGAAAUCUUCAUCAUCAUGGAGGAUCAGCUCGGGGCCAGAUUCCUGCAGGAAAUGGAAAGCAUCGACACUCUGCUUGAUAUCGGCCUGGGGUAUGUGAAUGCUGGCACUAAGAUCAAACACCAGCUCAUCCUCAAAAGCAAGGAGUUCUUCGUCAAUGGAGACGUGAAGAUGAUUCCUGACCCUCCACCACUCACCCGCUUACCUUCCAAAGAGAUUGCAAAGGAAGGCGAGCUAACGAUUGAGCAGCUCAGUAACCUGCAUCGACAGUUUAUGCUUGUGGCACCCACAGGUUUAAUGCUGAAAAACACAUUCAUUGAGGUUUUACAGGACCUAGUGACACUGGACCUAGGCACACACCAAUUGCCAGACCAAUGGAGUUCCAUUUCCUACUCACAGGUGUUGGAUAUAGCAAGGAUGCUAACUCCAGAAUCGGAUUUGUUGGACUGGCGUCGAUUCCUGCUCUCGGCUGCUCAGCCAUGGCCUUACCCGUCACUUGCUGAACUGCUCGAUACUAAGAGAAGGUUCCAGGCAGUAGAUUUUGCAGAGACUGGCUUUGUUACAAAGGAGCAGUACGAUCAGGUAGAGCUGUGGUUUCAGGGAGAGGCUGAGCUCAAGCUACCAGAUGAUCCGACAGCCCCUCUCCCCUUCCAAAGGCUGAAGCAACUCAAGCAGGUAUAG